AUGGCGAGUUACUUGAACUUAGACGAAUUCAGUGUAGAACAGCUUAUGGCUCUCAACAGUAUCAUAGAUAGUGAUGACGAUAUGGAUACGAGGGUGGAGAACAUCAUGGCCAACAAAAACUACAGGAUUGCACCUGAUGAUAAGGGCAAAAGUCCCUUUGAAGGAGAAAGACAAUUCAUAGAUGAAGUUGACCGUGAUAUGGAGGUAAAGAAACCUAGACGUAUUCCUUUGAACUAUAAGGGAAGAAGAGGAAUUAUGCCUACAUGGAAAUACUCUGACAGGCAAAAGGCAAAGGCCUUACUUGUUGAGGAGGCAUACUAA